CUGGUGAACCUAGAGACUGAGAUCAGGCCCUACCUGAGUAUGUGGUACGAGGAGUCAGUGAUGCACAUCCACAGAGUGGUACAGAUGGUCCAGGGGAGCAUCAGCUUCCUGCUACAUGCUGCUCUGAGUCACAUACACGUGGAGGUCACCAAUGCAGAUGACAGGACCAAGGCUGAUGUUGCUAGGUUCAUUAAGGCAGCAGGUCUGCAGGGCCUGGUCCAGGAAGACACUACCACAGCCUCUCUGUUUAAGGCCUCAGAGGCUCUUACUGACCUGGUCAUAGACUGCUCCACCAGCCCUCCUACACUCUCCAACACAGUCAGUAACCGUUUCUGUGACGACUGGAUCCAGGCAUUCCUGAACGCAGCAGAGCGCUGUAACCCUUUCCUCCUCAGACAGAUCCUGGAGAACUUCAAACUCAAGGCCAUCCAGGACAUGAACAGUCUGAAGCGGUUCAUCCGCCAGGCUGAGUCGAGUCACUACGCUCUGUUCCGCUGCUGCCAGUUCCUGCAGGGCUGUGGGAAUGGGGACGUGCUGCUCCAGAACGCCCACGCCGAGCACCGGGGCCUCCCUGAGGCCUGCAGCAUCAUCCGCGUGCUGGACGAGUUCCUCAGCGAACAGCAGGCCCAGGGAUGAGGAUAGGGAUGAGGGACACUGACACACCGCAGCCACCAGGGCGGCGAUAGUUAAACUCCAAUUGACAGUGACACCUCGAGGGCGGCGAUAGUUAAACAAUAACCCACCCAGUCUCAACACCAUGGCCUGUAUUUAUAAAUUAUCCUAUAUAAGUCAGAACUCCUAUUCUGAGAUGUGGAUUUGUGAAUACAGGCCCAGACCUGUGUGAAAUAGGGGUGCGCUUGAUUUGAGUUGGCCACUUUUGGGUCCAUUUCUUUUGUUAAAUUGUUGUACCAGACGAACUCAAUCAAGCACAGCACAAGGAUGUUGAAGUAUUUGACCCAGGUCUCCUCACACUGGAACUCUUCCAUGCUAGAUGUCAGUGUGUAUCUGUUUUUGGCACUUUUCCUUUAGCGUUGGUGUUUUACGGGCGUCACUGUCUUCCAUUUGCGGUGUGAUUGAAUAGCAUUUACUCAGAAGAAACAGACCAAGUAUGUUGUAUCUGGAUCAGAAUUAACUCUAAAAACAAAAAUAUCCAAAGUCAUGUUAACACUAUUGUUUUCUUUGCUGGUAUUAAAACACGCAGUACUAUAAACUAAUGGAAACACUAUCAGUAUGUUAUAACCCAUAUUAUAAAUCUCAACAUCGGAAUAAUUUGUUUCGCUUGUCUUACAGCAUGACCAAAUGUUGUAUUUCUUUUAAAUGAUUCGUUUGCUUGCCUUUUGUCUGCAUGUCAGUAUGCUAUCUACAUACUACAGUACAAUCCUGCUUUUCUGCAUAGUGGAACAAUGCACAAAUCACUUUAAUCAGCUUUUGUUACUUACUCGAUUUCACCAGUAAAAAAAUAGCUACACUGAUAUUCCCAUGUAGCUCAGUUGGUAGUGCACGACACUUGCAACGCCAGGGUCGUGGGUUCGAUUCCCACGGGGGACCAGUACAAAAAUGUAUGCACUCUACUGUAAGUCACUCUGGAUAAGAGCUUCUGCUAAAUGACUCAAUUCAUGCCCUGCUUGUGUUUGUAUUUCUGUUGCUGACUGCAGUCUUCGUCUUAUCUAAAGAUACUCCUUAAUGUGGUUAAGCCUUACAUUCCAUAGUAGGGAAUAUUAGUGUUGUAGUGGCCAACGUGUUGUAUAUCUACUUCACAGGAGGCUGCUGAGGGGAGGACGGCUCAUCAUAAUAAUAGCCAGAACGGAGUGAAUGGAAUGGCAUCAAACGCAUGGAAACCAGGUGUUUGAUGUAUUUGAUACCAUUCCACCCUUUCCUCUCCAGCCAUUACCAUGAGCCCAUCCUCCCAAAUUAAGGUGCCACCAAUCCUGUGAUCUACUGUCACUGUAUGUUAAGUUACAAAAAUGACCUUCACUCCUCUUCACCAGCCCUAUUGUAAUGGUAGUAUGUUCAGGGCUAAAUAACCCACAUGGUUUAUUGUGCCUGUAUGACAGCAACUACGUAGGUUCUAUUUUCCUAUAUAUGUGUCUACGUCUCUAAAAGUAUAUCAUGGUGAAAAUGAAGCAAUAUUGUCUGUGAAGGUGUGUCCUUUAAACUGUGAACCAAGUAACAUGUUAGUCUGUGAGCUAUUGUAGUGGACAAUGGUGACUGAUCAUACAACCUUUUAACUGUGCAUUUAAAUAUCCUGUACAAUUUAAUGUCUAUUAAUGUGGUGUCUAUCAUGUUGAUCUGUGGUUUGACUUAAAUAUAAAUAGUGAAUCCUC